CUUUGUAGACUAAUAUUUGGGUAUCUUCUAGUUAAAUAAAGCUUAUCAUCAGUAGGCACCGGUUACCGCUCACUUGAUUUAUGAAGCGCAAACCAGGCACCUCUAUGGAAUAAUAGGAGAAACCAGUUUAAUAAAGCAUUCAGUUUGAUCAUGUCUAGUAUUGUGUUUAAUCCUAAUCAAAGACAGAAAAGCUUUGAUUAACUACAGGACAUCUCACAGUGAGACAUCUCACAGCGGAGGGGCAGGCUGAUUGGUCACUGAAUUCCAUGACUGUCUCCUAUAUACCUGAGGACAUUCUCCAAGUUAAAAGGAAUGUCAUUAAAGUUUUAAACAAUUGAAUUUUUAAAUCUCGAAUAAAAAAAUAUGAAAAUGGGGAAAUUUUCUUCAAAAAGCCAUGGACUUUUCCCCAGGUCGGAGAGCUUGUGGGUCUGCAAGGAUGAAGGAUUUACUACAGCUUGACCGGGAGGUGUGUAACGGAGACACGUACCACGGCACACGCAUGGACCAGAAGGCCCUAACCUUCCACACUCGUCUCCACGAGUGGAGUGAGGCCCAGAACCACAUCAAUGCGCAGACACAGAUGCUGGCUGCCAACCGGACCACCGUUGUUCUCCUGCCAGUAAAGAAACUCGCGCAGAUCGAGACCUGGACAAGACAGGUCAACAGAUUCUACAAACCUGCCAGGAACGCCAGGCCUAGGUCUGGAAGCUUCAUGAAGAUUGAUGUCACAAAGUACAAUAUGAAAGUUGAUCAGACUGAGGAGGCUCGUAGUCGGUCUGCCGUAUAUCCACGAGGUCGGGCACACAGUGCCAUCAGUCGGGGUACUGCCACCACAUUUGGAGGCAAGAAGAGUUUUUUUGGAAAUGAUGUUAACACAGUCAGAAACAAUUUGUUUGAUACACAGAUGUUUUAUGCAGGAGAGAGACGUGACAUUAGGUCAGCUACAACUAGAAAGUCCACAAAGAGUGUUAAAACUGAGGAUUUCAGAACAGAUGUGGUUACUGCUGUCAGUGAAACUGGUAAAUCUGUUACAAAUGGUAUUGUUGACAAUGACAGUGACUCUUUAACAAUAAUUGAUCACAAUGAUGAUGGAAGUGAUUUGGAAUCUGAGUCAGCAGUGAAUAACAAGAUGCAGCCUCAAAUAGUGGCCAGGUCUUAUUCAAACAAAGAGCUCAAUGUGAUCUCUAUAGAUGACUGUAAACUAACAUGUCGAUACAGGCCACAGAUUAUAAAAGAAAACCGGAUUCUGGAGGACCAAGAAUCAGACUGUGAGGAACAUGCUCCAAGCACUCAAAGGGUCAAACAUAAAGCAACUACAGACAAAGUUGCUGAUACACAAGCAGAAGCAAAUGGAAAUGAAGCGGACGAUGAAAAGAGUACUGAUACGGUAGAAACAAUAGAAAAGGGAGUUGCACGAUUAGUUAUACACACUGUAGAUACUAAUAAUAAUAGUAAUAAUAACAAUAUAGAUGCUUGCCAUUCUAGGAGUAGUGAACAUAAUAAAUCUAGAAAAGAAAGCAACAGCUUGUCUGACAAAAGUGAUUACAGCUCUAGUUUGUCGCAGGGUGGCCAAAACAAACCAGACAGGAACAUUUCAAAAAGUGCUGACAUACGAGUGCGGGACUCUGACAGGAAUUCCUCAGGUCGUAGGGUAAACUUCAGCUCCAGGGGGUCCAGCAAGAGCUAUGGGAGGGUGACAAAUAUUUGCUCAAACCAGGAAAGCCCAAAACCAGACAAGAAAGUGAAGCAAGAUACACGAUCUGGCCGAAUUAACUCUGCCAUAAACAAUGUUGUGCAAAAUAGGAAAGUUAUGAACUCCAUGGAGAAAGACUUUGACACAAGGACUGCUGUCUAUGGCCGGACGGUGGUGGAGGCAUCGGAGGGUAGUGAAAAAUUCAAGAAGCUUCAUGCUUCAUUAAGAAAGAAAAUGGAUCAAUAUGUUGACACACACAGUGCUAUUGACACCAAAGGUUAUUAUGAGAAAUUGCAGAAAUCUAGUGCCAUAAGUUAAUAGGAACUUGCCCAAAUUCAAAUUCCUAGUCAUGUUAUGCUGGGAGGGAAAAGAUACAAGAUACAAGAUACACAAAUCUUGAUUUAAAGUCAGGUAAUUGACAACAAGAAACAUUAGCUAAAGGAGCAAAGGUUUUAGCUCCAUGUGUACCAUUAUGAAUAACUCAUUCUGAUUAUGGUAACCAAUAUUUUGAUAGUAUUCUAACUUUUCAAAACAAUGGAUGAAUGGCAACAUUAAUAUGCUUUAAUAUACUGGCGGGAUUUUUAUACAUUUUUUCUGUAAUCAUAUGGUCAAAAACUUGUUCAUUCACUUUACUUUCUGCCAAAGUAAACCUUAGUUACUUCUGGUUGACUAAACCAAAACACAUUAAAACACUAACUAUCUCUUUUGCUUUAGAGACACACAAUUAAACAACACUUACACCAGUUUUGUUAAGUGUUUUAUUCCUUCACCCAUUAUUCUGUUUGUUGGUUUUAUUUGAAUUUAUUACUUUAGAUUUUCAAUCAGGUGUUCUGUGUAUUUUGUCUGUUAAAAUAAAUCAAUGAAGAAAAUUGUUGUCUUGAACAGUUUUCUUGCAAACAAAACUACAAAGAUCUAAUCUUUAUACCAGCUGCAUUACUGUAUUAACACAAUAACUUAAUAAUUGCUCAAUGAAACAUUCAAACACAUCUUCCUAUGUAUAUCAGGCAUACAUGUUAGCCUUAAUUCAGAACAAAGACACUUCCAUCUUGUUUAUUUGAAAUUCCUUUUUUAUUUGCUAAAAUGUGCCAAGCUACAUGAAUAUUUAAUAUAUGAGUGUUGAAAAUGUAAUAAAACAAGUACUAGUUUCAACUGAGAACAGUAAAUUCAGGUUGAUCAUAAAAUGAAGCAAAAAAAGUAAGCGUCUUAAGAAAUGAAGGAAAAAAAGCUAGCCCUACUUGAUGCAAUGAUAAACAGCUCAUAGAUAUAUAUGUAGUCAAAGCCACAUUUAUGACAGAGAUAUGGAAUAUCAUUUAAGUAAGACUUAUUUAACAAAAAAUACUAAGUCUAGGAGGUUGCUGUGACCUUGACAUCGAAGGUAGGGACAAAGGACUUGUGCGCAACACAUCUUCAUACUACAGUGGUCACUUCUGCCAAAAAUACUUUUUAAAUUUCAACCAAAUUCCAACAAAACGGGACAAACAGAUGUGACAAUUUGCAUGGUUCUAUAUAGCUCCCCCUUCAUGAUGUGAUAGGGGAUAUAUUAAUAGUGAAAAUGCUGUAAGGGAGGCUAUAAGUGAGGUUAUAAGUAAAAAUUUGCAAUAUUUCAGCAAUAACUGACAAAAUAAAAAAACAUUCUAUUUACCACUGAAAAAAUAAUAAAGUCGCAGUAACU